CUCAUGGUUAAAUAGGGUCAUUGGGUCGCCGCCCUCUCAGUACAUACUUUUGAUUGCAUCUGUGUACUUCACAGUUUCCACUCAAAAGCCAUGGGCAGCGACAUGGUGACGGCUGAGCCACAGCCUCGUCCUUCCAGCAGUAGCCAUCAUGAUAAACCGGAGGAGCCCCUUGGGAGAAUUGUCUCUACAGCUCCAUAUUCAUCAUUCAACUCCUGGCAGAAGAAACUGAUUGUGCUGGCAUCAGCAAUUACUGCAUUCUUUUCGCCACUAUCUGCGCAAAUCUACCUUCCCGCUCUCAGCCCGGUGGCAGAGGAUCUCGGCGUCGACAGCACGCACAUCAAUCUCACAAUCACAACAUACAUGGUCUUCCAAGGAAUCACGCCCAUGUUUAUUGGCUCUCUAGCUGAUGUGGCUGGGCGAAGACCAGCGUAUUUCAUAUGCUUUGUUAUUUACAUUGCUGCCAAUAUCGGUCUAGCACUGGCGCCUAACUACGGCGCCGUCCUCGCACUACGCUGCCUUCAGUCUGCUGGAUCGAGCAGCACAGUAGCGCUAUGCAUGGCCGUAAUAGCAGACGUCAUUACGUCUGCAGAGCGUGGUCAAUACAUCGGCUACACAUCACUUCCCAUUAUCCUAGCUCCCUCGCUAGGCCCCGUCAUUGGUGGUCUUUUGGCACAAUACCUCGGAUGGCGCUCGAUAUUUUGGUUUCUCGCCAUCUUUGCGGCCGUCACCAUCAUUUUAAUUAUGGUCUUUCUACCGGAAACUUGUCGACACAUUGUGGGCGAUGGCUCAAAACCGUGCCCUGUUAUUUAUUGGUCUGGGUAUCGCUUAAUGCGUCAAAUGUCCAAGAGCAAAGCCAAAGGAACGAGCGACACUGAAAGCCAGACGGGCGUUGUGGAAAAGAAAUCAACGUUCAAAGGAUUCAACAUUCUGGGUUCUCUCAUGCUCCUUCUGCAAAAGGAAACUGCUGUUCUUCUUUGGACGUCAAGCAUUGUAUUUGCAGGAUUUUAUUCCGUUUCUGCUGCCACCCCAACGCUGGUGAAGCAGGCUUACGGAUUCAAUGAGACGCAAGUUGGCCUCAUGUAUCUCCCCAUGGCAGGAGGCUCUAUUCUGGCUGCGUUUGUUCUGGGACCUUUCAUGAAUCGCCGAUAUAAAGCACACUGCAUCAAGCUUGGCAUACCGUUUGAUAAAAAGAGUCAGAUUGAUAUGGCCAAUUUUCCCAUUGAACGAGUUCGGUUGGAAGUUGGCCUGCCCUUGUUGAUUUUGGCAACGGCAACCAUGGUUGGAUGGGGUUGGGCGCUUGACAAGGCAGCCCAUGUCGCUGUGGUGUGCGUCGUGAAUGUGUUUAUGAGCUUUGGACUCGUUGGGUUUUCCAACACUAUCAGCACACUCGUAGUUGAGCUUCAUCCCGGAAAAGCAGGCACGGCAACGGCAGCCAGCAACUUUACACGAUGCCUCGUCGGCGCUGGUGCUUCCGCUGCCAUUGCUCCCAUGAUGAAUGCAUGGGGUGGAGGAUUUGCAUUUACAUUUUAUGCCGGGCUGUACGGGCUCUGCUGCAUACCCAUGGUCUAUCUUAUGUACGGUGGCUUGAGAUGGCGACAAAAGGCGGAUGCCUCUGCAACAACAUCGGGUUAAGAACGAUCCAAAUAUUGCAUUAGAUAUUUAUUAAUAAAAGUUUUUGAAUUAUAUUCAGAA